AUGCCAGCUGCUGAGCCCGCUUCCGCGACGUCUGCGGCAUUGGGCCGGGGCAAGAAGAGCAUGUCUGAGCUUUUGGCGAGGGUUACCUCUGAGGGCCAGGGAUCGAAGCUGUCCGCUGCAGAAGUGGACGACUUCUUUCGCGCUGAGCUCUGGCGGCCAGAGCCGGAGCCCAGAUCUUUCCAACACCAGGUCUUGGAUCGUGCAGCCGACCUUGCACCGUCCAGCAGCGCCGCGCCACCGGCGGGUCCCGUUACUCCUCCAAGGCGAGGGCGGCGAGUGCCCGUGGAGACCCCUUCGCCGCCUCCUGCCCCGCCGCGAGGCAGGAAAGGCCAGCCGGUGGCGGAGCCGGCCUCUGCGAAACGCAAGCGGGCGGAGCCGGGGAAAGGGAAAGGCCCCGCCUCUCCGGGACAUCGGCUCACGGCGAAGUCCCCGAUGCCAAAAUGCAUCCUCAAGAAGGCUUCUCCCAAGAGACAGAUCGAGAAGCCAAACACACUACAAAAGUCAACGCCGCGGCAGAUUGCCAAGCUGCGACAGGUGGGAGCAUUGGCUCGCGUUCCGGUGGAUGCAUUUGCGUCCCCUGAGUCACACGUGAUGAAAGUGGAGCCAGAGACCUUAGGCGGGCGGCCGAAGAGGCAAAGGAUGCCUCCGCUUCAAAGCUGGCGAAAUGAGCGGGUUGUUUAUGAACGGACAACGAGUUCCCGAACUCCGAGGGUAGUGGCCGUGGAGCUUGACAUGGCUCGCGCUUCCCAGGCCCCAUAUGGGAUGAGGCUACCUGCUUUGCAGCUACCUCUCUCCGACAUCGAAGCCUCAGAGUUUGCGGGCAUCACCACAAAGAAGAUGCAGAGCAAGGUCUACCAGCUGCCCUCCCAGGCAUCAUCCACGACUGGGCUCCCAUGCACGAUUGAGCUUUGCGGUCCCGGCGUGAUUCACGUUCUCGAAGGGUCCCUGCGGUUUGCCAAGGAGACAGAUAAGAAAGAGAAGAUGGUGGAUGCUGGCACCACCAUUCUUCUCAAAGAUGCAUCCAGUCACUUGUUGGCUCCCGCCGACAAGGACGGAGAGAGCUCAGGAGUUCGCUUCUUCUGGGUGGGGAUAAGGUGA